UUUUCAACCUGGAUUACCAGCUUCCUGUUUCGAGGACGGUGUGGUUUCUGUGGGCGUGUCAUCCCGGCGCACCGGAUGCACCAUCUGGUGGCGGUGGCUAACUUCAGUUUUUUUUUUCCUCAGGGGUGGUGGCCGCUGUUUUGCUUCAUAGCUUCCCGAUCAGCCCACGAAAGCAUGGGAAUGUUGCGAGGGAAUUUCUGAGUAAACUUGUUCUAAAGUGCUAAAUAAGUUACCGUAAGUUCCCCCCACGAGCUGUUCCACACCCCACGAGCUCCGCAGCACCACCGAAAGCCGUUAGCGAAGCGCUGUUGGGACAUUUCAGCGGCGAUCAACUCCGGACAAAGGAAAAGAGACUUGUGAGCUAACGUUAGCUGGCUCCCGGGCUAACUUAGCAUUCCUCUAGCUGCGGCGCAAUGCAGGCCAUAAAGUGUGUCGUUGUCGGAGACGGAGCUGUGGGUAAGACCUGCCUGCUCAUCAGCUACACCACCAAUGCCUUUCCUGGAGAGUACAUCCCCACAGUGUUCGAUAACUACUCGGCCAAUGUUAUGGUUGACGGGAAGCCGGUGAACCUGGGCCUAUGGGAUACAGCAGGACAAGAAGAUUAUGACAGACUCCGCCCACUUUCAUACCCACAGACGGAUGUGUUUCUCAUCUGCUUUUCGCUUGUGAGUCCUGCCUCCUUUGAAAACGUCCGUGCCAAGUGGUACCCUGAGGUGAGACACCAUUGUCCCAACACUCCGAUCAUUCUGGUGGGUACCAAGCUGGAUCUGAGAGAUGACAAGGACACCAUAGAGAAGCUUAAGGAGAAGAAACUCUCUCCAAUUACAUAUCCUCAAGGACUUGCGAUGGCCAAAGAGAUUGGUUCCGUCAAGUACCUGGAGUGCUCAGCCCUGACUCAACGUGGCCUUAAAACUGUGUUCGACGAGGCCAUCCGGGCCGUCCUCUGCCCUCAACCCGUCAAGAAGAAGGGGAAGAAGUGCUCUCUCCUCUAAGACUUCCUCCACUGGAACGGUUACAGGGGAACAUGGCCGCUAGUGGUGAGGGGGUGGCUAAAGACACAGGAGAAACACACCAGUAUACACACAGAAACCAUGUACUUCAGAUUCUUUCCUUCCAUAAGUGUAGCUACAGCAGUUCUACCAACCGUUUCCAUGACAAAUUUGACAUAGUGUCAGAUUUAGGAGAAAGGGUUGGAAGAUUAUAGACCCUAGUUCUUUUCCCAACAACAUAUACUGUAUAGACAAGACUAUGAAAUUCUUGAGGCCUUCUAAAAUGGAUUGGAUGUUUUGUAAAAAAAAAAAAAAAAAAAUGGACCGUGGAAUGUUUUCAAUUUGUUCUUCCACUGGUUGUCGACCUUUUUUUGUUUACAGUCUUGGUUGUUUGUUUUGAGUGAAAGAAAUAUUGCCAAAUACAUCCUGCAGACGUGCUGUAUUUUAAAAAGAAAACCUUUUGUUCUGUUGUCUCGAACCUUCGAAACCUUCAACAUACAGCUGACCAUUUGCUGUCGUGUGCUGCUGUUUGUUCAGCUCCAUGAUCGAUGGCAUUUUGUUCAUUUUCACUUUGCGACGGCAGUCAUCGCACUGUCACCGAGGAACUUGAAGUAACCACCUGUGAAGUUCUUUUCGCCUCAGAUUACUGUUGUGCACCAUAAAUCUCUUUACCAGUCAGUUUUCAGUCCUAGCACACAAAUCAUGUUAAUUCAUGCUCAUGGAUUAAAUGACGCCUGAGACGUACUGAAAACUCCUCUGACACCAACUGUGCUAUUAAACCCUGACAAAUCUAAAUGAUCCAGUAUUUUAUGUGUUUGACUCCAAUCGGACCGGUCAAGUUUAUGGUAUUUUUCCUUUUUCCUCUUCGCAAUAUUUCCCUCGUGUCUCUCAACUGUGUAGCUGCCCAGGAGUGCAACGCUGAGAACUUUAUUAGCUAUUGGAUUAGAACGGUUUAGGUGUUUUGGUGGCGGGAACAAGAGCACCUUUAAUGCUCUGUGGGCAUUUAUCCGAAACCUUUUGUGCAGCACAUUUUGAUUCUUAAUAGCAUCACUACUGGCUAAGCAAUGUCACUAAGAAGAGCAUCAAAGCCUGCUAAUAACAGUAACAAAGCUACUGUCGGUUAUGGUGUAGUAUACAGUGUACUCAUCUUUUUGUUAUAAUCAUGUGAUUUGACUGUUUUGUAUCUUUCUUCACAGAAGUUACACUUCACUCACUGUAUUGUCAAACUAACACUAUGAAUAUCCUUUUGUUUUAUUACCUCUACAGUUAACGCUACCUUAAUCUUCCCUACAAGCCUAGCUUUUUGUAAUUAAUGCUGAUAGCAUGUAUGUGCAACAUAUACUGAAAACUAAGAUUAGAAAUCGCAACAGUUAUAUUUUUUGCCUAUUUACGAAAUGUAUUUGAACUACUAGAUCAGGGGUUAAGUACAUGUUGCUCAUCUGUAUUGUAUUCAGACAUCAAGCUGUGCUUUAAUUCAAGCCAAUGUUGUGACUCUUUAGUUUUAUGGAUAAAAAGCUAUUGUCACUUUUUGAAAAAGCCAAUAAAUUCAAGUAAAACAGA